GAAGCAGGAAGUGACUUCGGGAGUGGAGCCGGCCGAGCCUAGCGAGCGGCGGCGGGGGCUGAUGGAAGUGGAGUGGGGGCUUGAGAGGGCACUCUACUGUAUCCAGCAUGCUCCAAGGCCACAGCCCUGUGUUCCAGGCCUUGCUGGGAACCUUCUUCACUUGGGGGAUGACGGCAGCUGGGGCGGCUCUCGUGUUCAUAUUCUCUAGUGGACAGAGGCGGAUCUUAGAUGGAAGUCUUGGCUUUGCUGCAGGGGUCAUGUUAGCAGCUUCCUACUGGUCUCUCCUGGCCCCCGCGGUUGAGAUGGCCACGUCCUCUGGGGGCUUUGGUGCCUUUGCCUUCUUCCCUGUGGCUGUUGGCUUCACUCUUGGAGCCGCAUUUGUCUACUUGGCUGACCUCCUGAUGCCUCACCUGGGUGCAGCAGAAGACCCCCAGACGGCCCUGGCACUGAACUUCGACUCUGCGUUGAUGAAGAAGUCUGAUGCUGAGGGUCCCAGGCUGCUCUUCCCCGAGAGUGAACUUUCCAUCCGGAUAGACAAGAGUGAGAAUGGGGAGGCGUAUCAGAGGAAGAAGGUGGCGGCCACCGACCUGCCAGAGGGCCCUGCUGGCCCGGUGCCUUCUCGAGGGAACGUGGCACAGCCCGGCGGCAGCAGCUGGAGGAGGAUCGUGCUGCUCAUCUUGGCCAUCACCAUACACAACGUCCCAGAGGGUCUUGCUGUUGGAGUUGGAUUUGGGGCUGUAGAAAAGACGGCAUCUGCCACCUUUGAGAGUGCCAGGAAUUUAGCCAUUGGAAUUGGGAUCCAGAAUUUCCCAGAGGGCCUCGCUGUCAGCCUCCCCCUGCGAGGAGCUGGCUUCUCCACCUGGAGAGCCUUCUGGUACGGGCAGCUAAGUGGCAUGGUGGAGCCUCUGGCCGGGGUCUUCGGUGCCUUUGCCGUGGUGCUGGCUGAGCCCAUCCUGCCCUACGCUCUGGCCUUCGCUGCUGGAGCCAUGGUCUAUGUGGUCAUGGACGACAUCAUCCCCGAGGCUCAGAUCAGUGGAAAUGGGAAGCUGGCGUCCUGGGCCUCCAUCCUGGGAUUCGUGGUGAUGAUGUCACUCGACGUUGGCCUGGGCUAGUGCUGAAGUGCCUCGGAGCCCAGGAAAGGCAGCAUGAGGAAACUACGAUGGUUGGCUUCUAUGGGACCACAUGCCCCUUUCUUCACAUUAAAACAUUUUUCCUUUCGCUUCUUUUCAUCUCAUUAUCCUAAUUGACUCUGAUUAUAGUAUGACAAUUUUUACUUUUCUUUUGAGAGAGAUAUUGGUUUUAUCUGGAAUUUCAAGGUGUCAUAGAACUACAGAUUUUUGCUUGGUCACUAAAUGGACUCUUUCUUCAGUGGGAUUACCAAGGACAUACAGAUCAGGAAAAUCUCUGCUUUUGUACCUUCACUCUCCCUCACUAGAUUUAAUGGCAACGCCUCAAGGUCACCUACAGAAGCAAGCUACCAAGAGAGAAGUCGCCUAAGCAUUUUUGCCUGGUGACUCAGAGCACAAUGGCCAGGACAUUUUUUGUCUAUCCCUCCUGAUCUGUCACCAUAGAUCCUCUACCCAUCUAGACCGGAACUGGAGCAUCGUGGACAUAGCAAGUACUUUCCAAGGCCCAGCCAGCCCAAGGAAGAAUGUAUCUUCCCCUACCUCCCCCAGGGAGAUGCUGUAUGGGAGGGGAUACAGAAAAGGGAAGAAAAUGAGCUAGUCUUUCUCUCUCUCUUUUUAAGGCAAAGAUUGACACUACUGAAGUUAAGGGAAUUAGGACAACUGUGAACACACAGGGAGCCUGUGACAAGAGGACAGAGUAUGGCUUUGAUCUCUAAUGAUUGCAAGAGCAAAGUAGUUUGUCAUGGUGUCCAAAUCCCCCAGAUGUUUAUUUUGAUAAGUUUAUAGCUUCGUUUUUCUAAGAGACUUGGGGACACCAGCAAUCUGCUAGAACCCAAACACUUCAUUUACUUAUGGAGGGAGCCACUUAAGCUAAUUUAAGUGAAUGAAAGACAUUUAGAAUCUGCACUGGGUCCCUCUCUGUUGACCAUUUGGUAACUUGUAACCUGACCCAGGACUCUUAAGCUGCAGCAGGCUUUGCUGGAGUUUGGCCAGAGAGUUUAGGAUUAGAAAGGAAGAAGGGAUAGGAGAACAAAAAAAAAGGAGAGAGAUUUUUACAUUUCCCUUUUAAAGUAAACUUUAGCCAAGUCAUCAUUCUGAAAUGACCCUAAAGAAUGACUUGAACGAGACUAGAAGCGAAUCUACUCCUUCUUACACGUAGCUUCUCCAACAGGGUGAUAAAACAUGUCUGCUUCAAACACAGUAAGGCCUGCCAUCCUCAUUGGUCAAAGGAGCGUAUGGGACCUUGACUGGGCUCCACUGGCAAGGCAGGCUGCCCAAGAGCCAGGUAUUCAGACAUUGUGUUAUCAACACCUGCCCUGAGUUUACAUGUUUCAUUGCUUCCAAGGGUGAAUACCCUGCUCUGUGAAUGCUCUAAGAACCCAAGGGCCAACCCUAUGCUGAGUCUAUGUGUGUUCUUCCAAAGCACUGAUGAUCAAAAUUGAAGACACAUUCAGAGGUUUGAUUGGUUGAAAUUAAUUGGUUUGAUGGUUGGUGUUUGUGUAUUUUUAUGUCUUUGUAUGUAGUUCUGCAUAAUGCAAACUUCUUUCUGAUGGACAAGACCUCAUACUGUGAUUAAUAUCAAUAAAAGGGAUAUUGUCAUGGA